CAUCUUAUUGCGUGAAUUGGGAAAAGAAAAACAACCAAAAUGGAUCCUCCAAAUGACUUUGAAGCUCUCACCAAGGCUUUCUCAGGAUUUGGAAUUGAUGAGGAUUUGAUGGCAUCGAUCCUAGGAAAGUGGCAUUCGGAGCACUUGGAAUCCUUUAGAAAGAGAACUAAAUUCUUCUUGGAGGAUGAACGUCUUUUUGAGAGAUGGGAUGAUCACCAUAUUGCAUGCUUAACGAAAGAAUUUCUGCGGUUUAAGGAUAUUGUGGUGCAAUGGAUCAUGCAUCCUUGGGAAAGGGAUGCUCGUUUGGUGCAUGAGGCUAUUACUAAGGGUCCUCAAGCAUAUGGCUUGCUCAUUGAGAUUGCAUGCACAAGAUCAUCAGAAGAGCUGCUUGGAGCUAGGAAAGCUUAUCAAUCCCUCUUCGUCCAAUCGAUUGAGGAUGUUGUUUCCCGACUUGAAGGCAUUGAACGCAAGCUCCUAGUAGCCCUUGUGAGUUCGUAUAGAUAUGAAGGGUCGCGAGUUAAUGAAGGGACUGCUAGAUCAGAGGCCACGACACUUGCAAUCGCGGUUAAGAAUGUUGAUAAGAAGAACCCAAUUGAAGAUGAUGGGAUAGUGAGGAUUCUAACAACAAGGAGUAAGCUCCAUCUCAAGGCAGUGGUCAAGUACUAUAAGGAGAUUUAUGGCAAAAAUAUAGAUGAGGAUCUUGACACUCUAAUGAGUUUGAAGGAGACACUUCAGUGCCUAUGCAAUCCCCAAGCAUAUUUCAGUAAGGUAUUAAAUGAUGCAUUCAAAGAUGAUGCAGAUGAGAAUACCAAAGAUGCCCUAACUCGAGUAAUAGUGACACGGAGCAAUGUUGAUAUGAAGGAAAUCAUAGAAGAAUUUGAUAAGCAAUAUAAAAUUCCUCUAACCCAGAAGAUUGAAGAUGUAGCUCUUGGAAACUAUAAGGAUUUCUUGGUGAGCUUGAUUAGAAGAGUGGCUUAAUAAGAAUACAACUUGCAUUUCUUUAGUCAAUAUUUUAACAAUCUUUUCCAUUCUUGUAAACAUGUACAAACACAUUUGAUGAUAUUAGUGAUAAAAAUAAAUUAAGCUUGUAUUUGUUA